AUGAAGCAGAGAUUCUCUUCUUUGGACGUCAAGGUCAUUGCUCAUGAGCUCUCAGCGAGUUUAGUGUCGCUUCGAGUAUCAAACAUAUACGACCUGUCCUCCAAGAUCCUCCUUCUCAAGUUUGCCAAGCCAGACAACAAGAAGCAGCUUCUCAUCGACUCGGGAUUCCGCUGUCACUUGACCGAUUUCGCACGAACAACAGCUGCUGCGCCCUCAGUCUUUGUCCAAAAGCUGCGGAAGUAUCUCAAGACCAGGCGCUUGACUUCAGUCUCGCAAAUCGGGACCGAUCGUAUCAUUGAAUUCCAGUUCAGUGACGGCCAGUACCGACUCUACCUCGAAUUCUUUGCCAGUGGCAAUGUUAUAUUGACGGACAGUGAUCUGAAAAUCUUGACGCUCCUACGCAACGUACCCGAAGGCGAGGGUCAGGAACCUCAAAGAGUUGGGCUGACGUACUCUUUGGAGAAUCGGCAGAAUUAUGGAGGAAUUCCAGAUCUUACAAAGGAACGAGUGCGCAAUGCGCUGCAAAUAAUUGUGAGCAGGAGCGCUUCUGCCGCCGCCGCUGGCAAGAAGGUGAAGAAGAAGCCAGGCGACGAGCUACGAAAAGGACUUGCCACAACAAUUACAGAGCUCCCACCGAUCUUGGUAGAUCACGCGUUGAAGACGAAUGGCUUUGACACCACUGCACAGCCGGCAUCCGUACUUGAAAAUGAUGGACUGUUAGAUCUUCUUUUGCAAUCGCUGCAAGAAGCACGCAAAAUUGUGGGAGACGUCACGAGCUCGGAUACCUGCAAGGGCUACAUAUUUGCCAAGUCUCGACCGAAGAAGCCCGAGGAAAGUACAGAGGAAAAGACGGACCAAGAGCGAUCCAAUGGUAUGCUAUACGAGGACUUUCACCCCUUCAUCCCGAAACAGUUCCAGGAAGACCCUCAGUAUACCGUGCUCGAUUUUGAGAAUUACAAUCUCAUGGUGGAUGAGUUCUUUUCCUCCAUCGAAGGCCAAAAGCUUGAGUCGAAAUUGUCAGAAAGGGAAGCUGCCGCAAAGAAGAAGCUCGAAGCUGCCAGGGCCGACCAAGCAAAGAGAAUAGAAGGAUUACAAGAAGUCCAGACUCUGAAUAUGAGAAAGGCCAGUGCAAUCCAGGCAAACGUGGAGCGAGUACAAGAAGCCAUUGAUGCAGUCAACGGUCUCAUCGCUCAAGGCAUGGAUUGGGUGGAUAUUGGAAAACUCAUUGACAGAGAGCGUCUGCGAAAGAAUCCAGUAGCUGCCAUAAUUUCCUCUCCCCUGAAGCUGUCAGAAAAUACGAUCACACUGCUACUGGGCGAGGCAGAAGAGGAGGAAGAGGAAGAGGACGAAGCGUACGAAACGGACUCUUCAUCCGACUCCGAGGACGACAUUGAUGCCGCAGCAUCCGCUAAACAAAGCAAUGGCAAGAAAUUAUCGAUCGAUGUAGACCUAGGUCUUUCUCCGUGGGCAAACGCAAGAAGCUACUACGGAGAGCGGAAACAGGCCGCUGUGAAGGAACAAAAGACAGCAUCCCAGGCGGAGAUUGCGUUGAAAAAUGCAGAGCAGAAAAUCGCCAUCGAAUUGAAGAAGGGGCUUAAGCAAGAGAAGCCGCUUUUACAGCCAGUCAGGAAGCAGAUGUGGUUCGAGAAGUUCAUCUGGUUCAUUUCGUCUGAUGGCUACCUUGUACUUGGUGGCAAGGAUGCUGCGCAAAACGAAAUCAUUUAUCGCCGUUAUCUGAAGAAGGGCGAUGUUUAUGUCCACGCAGAUCUCCACGGCGCGCCUACAGUUGUCAUCAAGAAUAACCCCCAGACGCCUGAUGCUCCCAUUCCACCUUCAACACUUUCACAAGCGGGCCACCUGUCGGUAUGUGCAUCGUCUGCAUGGGACUCAAAGGCCGGCAUGGGAGCCUACUGGGUUAAUGCAGAUCAAGUUUCCAAAUCAGCGCCAACGGGAGAAUUUCUCCCGACGGGCAGUUUCAUGAUUCGUGGCAAGAAGAACUUUUUGCCACCAGCGCAACUUAUUCUUGGGUUCGGCAUCAUGUUCAAAAUCAGUGAGGAGAGCAAGAGCAAGCAUGUCAAGCACCGGCUUCAUGAGGGAGGGGCUCAAGCUCCUGUUGCUGAGGCUGCAAGAGAAACGAUCGAUGAUGAUACAGCCAGCCAUGAUGGUCAUAGCGAGGUUGCGGAUCACACUGAACCUGAAGACGAGAUGGGUGAAGAGCAAGACAAGGACCACCAGAAUAGAGCCAACCCCUUGCAGUCAUCCGGAGAACCCAAUGAGGAUGCUGAUAUAACCGAGGAGGACUCACCUCCUGCCGAAGAGAUGAGUAAGCUUGAUGUACAGGACCCUAGCUCUGACGAAGCUGCACCAGCAAAUGAGCCAGAGGUAUCUGAACUUGACAAAGCGGAGGAGCAAUCAGACGAGGAGGAGGAUCCUCCUGCGACAUCGACCGCGGCAGCAACAUCUGGCAAGGUGACCCCACAGCCACAAGCACAGAAAAAGCAGCAACCAAAGCGUGGCCAGCGAGGUAAAGCCAAGAAGAUCGCCGCGAAAUACAAAGAUCAAGAUGACGAGGAUCGCGUCGCAAUUGAAGCACUUAUUGGUGCAACUUCUGGGCAAAAGAAGGCCGAAGCCGAAGCUAAGGCCAAAGCCGAGCGCGAAGCCGCCCAGCUUGCCGCCAAAGAGCGCCGCCGUGCUCAACAUCAGAAACAGCAACGCGAGACAGCAGAACACGAAGAGGUCCGGAAGAUGAUGCUUGAAGAGGGCGUUGAUGUGCUGGAGCCCGACGAGGCCGAAAAGGCCACUCCUCUCGAUAGCCUUGUUGGUGCACCAAUGGUUGGUGAUGAGAUCCUAGAGGCCGUCGUUGUCUGUGGACCAUAUUCAGCACUAGGCAAACUGAAAUACAAGGUGAAACUGCAGCCAGGCGCACAGAAGAAGGGAAAAGCAAUCAAGGAGAUUCUAGAGGGCUGGAAAGCAGUCAGCACCAAGAAGGGUGUCCUGGACGAGAAGAGCCAGGACAAGGAGCGCAUGUGGCCACGGGAGGUCGAGCUUCUCAAAGCACUUAAACCCGAGGAGGCGGUAAACACCGUGCCGGUGGGUAAGGUGCGAGUAAUGGUGACCGGUGGUGCUUCAGGAGGUGGUGGUGCAGGAGAUAAGGGUAAGGGUGGAAAAGGAGGCGGCAAGGGCAAGAAGCGAUGA